CCGUCUACGUGCAGUAACUUAAUGGCACACGCUCCUGCCUGCAUGGACUGGCACCCCACGACGAAGUGCUCCUCACACUCGUCCGCCGUGGUAUAAAUCUGCAAUCCAACACCACCUUUCUGCUGGCCGCUCCAUUGUUCCUCACAAAAGCAGUACACCUGAUCGAUCGAUCUGUUCAUCCACACAAACAUGAUGGACAUGGAGAUGGAGAGGAUGCUCGGCUGUCAGAUCCCGGCGUUCGGGGUGUGGAACUACUGCAGCGACCUCCCCAUCACGCAGUACUUCGACCUCGCCAUGCAGGCCAGGCUGCUCAAGCGCACUAACCGCCGUCGCUGCUGCUCCGGCGAGGAGGAUCAGGUCCGCGUCGGCCGUGGCGAGGGGCGGCUUGUGCUGUUCAACACCUCGCACCCGUCCCCACGCAAGCCAGCCCAAAUCAAGGUGAUAAGGAGAGAAGUAGACAAGCAGAGCGACGUGGACGGCAGCGAGCUGCUGCGGGAGGAGGGUGAUGGCGGCAACGGCAAGGGAGCUAGAGUGUCUGACAGCGCAGUGAAGCGUAUGGUUGCUGCUGGCCCUGUGGAUGAGGACCUCUACAAGGUGCCACGGCCGCUCAUAUACCAAAAACCCAGAAAGAUGAGGAAGGUGGUCUGGAGCUUGUGGAUUGGGUGCCUGGGGCUGGACUGCAUUGCCUAAUAACAAAGCUGGAAGGAGCUAGUUAUCUGUGUCUUCAAGCUACCACGUAGGCGUUUCCCUGUGCACCCUAAUCCUUUGGCUCUCCGAUUCGUGUCCAAAUAUCAACCCAGGAGUUCUGUAUUUGGUUUGCUUUCCUGUAUUAACACUGUUGUAUUUGUAACUUGUGUAGCAAGUCCUGCACUUCCGUUCUAUGAUGGAAAAUUUC